AUGACCGUGCUGAUCACCUGGCUGAUUGCGGUGCUAAUGGUAUGUCGUCCCCCUUGUCAUCGUUUUCCACGAUUUCAAGAUGGGCUCGAGCUUCGCGGUAAUCUUUGGCAUUGUGUUCAAGUAGCCCUUGGACUUUUUCAUUAUCACGCGUUCUUGAACAUGACCACCCCCGAGCGAGCGGAGGAGUUCAUGCUUGCCUUCGAGGGCUUCGACGGCUGGGCAUCCUCGUUCUCCAAGACGGCGUGCAGCAUGCGCUGGAGCAACUGCCAGGGCCUCAGCGAGAACGUCAGCCGCUAUCGGAACAGCCCCAUGAUGAGCGAGGAGGUGCCGGCGUUCUACAAGCCGGUCCUCCUGAGAGACGGCGUGCGGGUCCCGUUCCCGAAGCCCACGAAGCAGCUGCGCACACUGAGGCGCCGCAAGGGAAAGGAGCAGGAGGGCGAGGACUGA